AUGAAGAAAUCUUCCAACGAUAAACAUGACUAUGGUGCAAUCGUCAGUGAUAUAGACCUGAAUGAUAUAAAUGAUAUCGACGUCCGCCACCUGGCAGAUGCCAUCUGGACGCAUAAAGUCAUCGUGGUCAAGGGGCAAAAAGACCUCGCCCCGAUAAAACAAUGGGAGCUCGUAACGCGAUUCGAUCCAGAUGCGCCACAGAUCCACUCUCACGGUGAUUUGAAGACUUUCAACAGCAAAGGAGGCUUGCUUUCUAAAUAUCGCGAAGUAGUAGGUAUACCGGGCGCCGAGAACGUCCGUCUAAUCGGGAAGGGCUUCCAAGGCGAAGACCACUACGGCAUCAAGAACAAGAACAUUACUAAACCGCUCUCUCACGACUGGCAUGACAAGGAGCUUCCACAAGACGAGUUCGCGAAGGGGAAUACCCGGUUCCAACGAUGGCAUAUGGACGCGCCGCUCUACGGAAGGGAUCCGGCGUGGUUUACGACUCUGCGCUGUGUGAAGCGGCCUAUUAAGCCCCAAGUCAACGUCCGAUGGGAUGACGGGUCCGGCCUCAGCAUGAAGGCAGAGCCCGGGCUCACUGCGUUUAUUAGUAACGUUCAGAUGUACGAGAUGAUGACGGAGGAUGAGAAGAAGAUGGCAGAUCACAGCUGGGUCGAAUAUGCACCUCAUCCGUAUAUGUGGAUAGGCGAUUGUAAGGGGAAUUCCAAUGGUCUUGGACUUGUCAGCCAGGGUAAAGAGAAGCAGCUCGAGGAUCUAGGUGACUUCGACCCGAAGGAUGUAAAAACCUAUCCCAUGGUUUGGGUCAACCCCGUAACAGGCGAGAAAGCCUUCCAAGUCCACGGAAUUUGCGCAAGAAAGCUCUUCAUUCGCUCGUCCCCGACAGAAGAACCCAGGACAAUCGAAGAUCUCGUAGAAAUCAGGAAGCUACUAAAGACUAUCCAAGAAAGAGUAUUGAAACCGGAGUAUAUAUUGAUCCCGAGUUUAGAAGAAGGGGAUAUUGUCAUGUGGGCGAACUACCAGAUGUUUCACACGGCUAUCGACUAUCCUGACUGGUUCGGUCCACGAACUAUGCACCAAGCCAAUAUCGCCUCAUCGGCUGGUCCGGUGGGCCCAAUACCGAUCCCGGUCCGGACUUGA